AUGCCUCCUAAAAAGGAUCUCUGCAGAAAUUUUCAGCACGGAAGUUGUCGAUAUGGCGAUCGCUGUAAGUUUAUUCAUGCUAUGCCACAACAACAACAACCAAAAAGCAACCCUUUUGGAUUUGGAGUGCAAAAUGGCAGUCCGUUUCAGCAAACAAAUCAGCAGCAACAGAUGUCAAACCCUUUUGGUUUUGGUGUUCAGAAUAAUAAUAAGUCGAGAGGGGGCAAUGACUUUGGAUCUAAACCAAGUCAAUUCAAGCCAUUCGAGAAUAAAUGGUCACGUGGUGCAUCUGCUUCACAACAAUCUCAAAAUCAGCAAUCUGCCACUGUUCAUAAUGGUUCCUGUGACAUUGUUGGUGACGUCAGCUGUGAAGAGUUGCGCGCAUUAGCAUAUGAUGACUCUAGGCAGGGAAAAAGUUUGCAGCUCAUUAUCGAGAGAGAACGGAAUUUGCUUAAUUCUAAGCUAGUUGAGUUUCAGAACCUCAUCCAGAAACCAUAUGUUAUAUCUUCAUUUGCUAAUCCGAGCACCCAAAACCCGUUUGGUGGAGGCAAUGCAAGCACUCCAGCUAUGAACAAUACUUUUCCUUCACCGACAUCAAGUUUUAAUCAAGUUGGUGCCUCACCAAAUACUGGGCCUGCUGCUUUGCCUAAUUAUACCUUCGGCCAACCAACUGCUGUCCAGAACAACAGUCAGCCUUCUAACAUGUUGCAGACCAACAAUUCACCUUUUAGCACUCCAGGUAAUAUUUAUCUUUUCUUGUGCAGAAAUAGCACUCCAGUGGGGAACUCUAAUGUGGACGAUAGCAUAUGGAAAAAAUCUGAAUGGAAGUGGAAUGUUGGAGAGAUCCCAGAAGAGGCACCUCCAGAUAUAUACAUUCACUAG